AUGGCUGCAGAGUGCUUCCCUGGCUGCGUAGGAUUAAUAGAUGAAACGGCGUUGCCGCCCUCACAUUGCCCGGCGGUAGAUGGAAGCAGCUACUGGGACAAAAAAAAAACGACUCGAAUCUGUUUAAACGAAUGGAACUUUAUCGUGAGGGACUUCGCUACUUUGAUAGAGGAGAGUAUCUCUUAA